UUUAAGUGGUAACGUUUAUUUUGAUUUUUGAUAAGGACAGAUAAGGACGUUAGUGUCGUUAGUUUGUUAGUUAGGUACUUUGUUAUUGAAGAUAGUCUUCGAAAUCAAAUCUUCGUAUUAAUACAACUUUUAUAGUAUAUGAAAUCGACUUGGCAGUAUUCCUAAAACUACGCAACUAAAAAUUACUUCGGUAACAUUGCUACUAAAACGGACGACCAUUCAUUCGUCUGUCAAAAGAAACUGUUUUGCAUCAGCGAAGGUUCAAUAAUUUUUUCAUGAUGUCUACAUCAAUUCAACCUUAUGUCUCCUCGGAACCAUGCUUUGAUCAUCUCUGGGUUGAACAAAUAAUAUUGGACCUGGCAAAUGAAUUUGAGAUAAGAGUUUCAUGGAACAGAGAAACAGCUCUAUACACUGGAGCGUUUGCGGUUGCUGGUGGUUUGGUUGGUGGGUACGCCGGGGGAAGGCUUGGAGCAGCCCUCGGAGCAGGGAUCGGAGCGGCAACUGGACUUGCUUAUGUAAGCCUUAGAGAAAUUUGGAGUACUGUAAGAGAAAAGUUGAAAGAACUUAUCUUCAUUGUCUUUAAUUAUCUGCGGAGGCUGGACCCAGUAGACUAUGUUCGUGCCACAGAGGUGCUAAUGGCAUGUAUGCGUAGCCGCAGGGAACUCGUCUACACUAUUCUAGAAUUUCUUGGUGAUAAACUAGGACGUCAUGUAGUAUCUAGCAUCACUGCUGCCUAGUUACAAUGCUUAAUUACACUUUUAUUAGAUGUUGUACUAUUUAGUAUAAAAUACUUUCAUGUAUGCAAAGAAAAUACCGCUUAGCAUGACAAAGGGCUGAAAAUGACGAAAAGGCUUAAAAUGGCCUUGAUAGAAUUUUAAAAGCACUAAUGAUUAAAUACAAAUGUAAUGUUUAUAGUUUAGUCACUCAGUGCCUUAUUUGACCAAAAACUUUAUUCUGUAUUGAUAUGUCGUAUAAAUUACAGGUACUUAUUUGACUAAUAUAUUCUCUAUACAAAUUUUAAAAAUGGAAUCCAAACAGGUUUAUCGAGCACUGUAAAAGAUAUUUUUAAUUCAAAUCUAAUUCAAUAUUUUAAACAAAAGAUUAUUCCUUUAUUUCUAUACAAUGGAAGAAAAUACACUUAGAAUAGAUGUUACAAAUUAUUGCUUCUUUUUUUAUGAGGUUUUUGGGAUUUUUUUAUUCUUAAAUAAUUAUCUAAUUUAUAUGUUAUAUUCUCAAUUAUUUAUAGAAAUGUGUUUUAAACCUAAUUUGACAUUUAGAAAUGUAACCCUACGCUCAAUUAUUUAAAAUGGGUAAAAAACUUUAGGGUGGGAAUUACCCACCUAACAUCUUACACUCUUACACAUAUGCUUUAUAUAAAUAUGUGAGUCUCAAUUCAAAAAGUUCACGAUAGUAUUAAAUGUGUGUUUAAUGUGAUAUUCGACUAUAUUUUUAAUUUGUUAUUAUGAUUAAAUAUUUCAAAUAUUA